CUGUUCGGACAGGGGAUGACAGGAUUACAGUCUUCCGCUUUUUUCGUGCCUGCCUUCAGACUUUCUCAUUCUUCAUCUUCCUAGCUAACAGUCAGUGCUGACUCACCGUCUUGUAUAAAAAGGGUGCCCACUUAUUCGAUGCACCCUUCACCCCAAAACGCUCCGUGAUAAACUUUCCCGUCUGGUCAGUUCGGAGAUGCCAAACCGUCAAAACGCCUGGCAACCUGCCGAAGCGGUCUCCAACCUACCACGAGCGUGCACUCUGUCGACACUGUUUGAUCUUAUGAUGUACGAAUCAAACGCACUCUUUCAGUGCUCUAUGAUCGAGGCAUUCCUGCACACAUAUCGAUUGUUUGUAUCGAUGGAAGAACUGCGGAAAAUGGUUGAGAAGAAGCUCCUAGCUACUUGUGUAUCAGAAGACAAAGAAGUGAACCAAAAGCUAUUUGCUCUAAAUUCGUUACGUGUUUUCUUGUCUCGCUGGCUACGUCCGCCACAUUCCUCCGAUUUUCAAUCUCCUUCUGGACUACAAGAGCUGCAUCAAUUGAUUGUCUUACUCAUAAGGUGGCAUAACAUCCUACGCCCAAAAUCGUUUAGGGGCAAUGUAGACAAACUGGAUUGGCGUUCGAAGUACAGAGAUGAGUCGCCGAAUACAAGUGGUCUUAAUUUGCUGCGCUGCAUGUUCUAUGGUGUUGAUCAAAUGCAAAUGGAACGCGCCGCUCGGAAAUUUGAAACCGUCUGUCUUUUGGCCGAUUCACUAUCCGAAACCUAUUCCAAAAGACUGAUCGGAUCACCGGAAAAGAUCAACGGAUGCGCAACCAGUCCCUCUCAUUCGUCUUCUCCACUCAGCUAUGGAAGCAGUACGUCACCAGGAUUGUCAGGAGGGUCAGACCACUCUCAUCCCUUUGGUAUUUGGGACCUUGAACCCGCUCGCAUCGCGAGCGUAUUGACUGCGGAAGAUCAGCGAUUGUUUUUGGAUCUCCGAUUGCCAGAGAUGUUGCUGUACGCUCGCAAAAAACCUGCACCCAGUGUGAUGGCCACGAUAGACCACUUCAACCACACUGUUACCGCGUUACAAGGAAGCAUUUUAAGACUGCAUCCCGACACGAUGCCGUCGAUUCGAAUUCGUCCCAGCGAUUCCCCUCGUUGUGAUUCCCGUGAACGUGGAGCCGUAGCUGCGGUAGCCGCAUGGUCCAAAUUGCGCUUAUCGCGCCAUGAUCUCCUAGUCCCUGAUCAGCAACUGGGUACCGUGCCCGAAAUGACCUACAAACGGGCCCGCAUGAUCGCUUUUUGGAUUGAUGUAGCGUCUGAACUUCAACGACUGAACAACCUCUAUUCCAUGCAGGCAGUACUAACUGGACUACAAACCAAUGCGAUCCAUCGGUUACGUCAAUGUUGGACCGUGAUGGGACAACUUUACCCGCAGCAUUUACGAAGAUUUGAAAUGAUGGUGGCUCUGAUGAGCCAUGAAAACAACUACCAGAAGCUUCGGACUGUAAUCGCCAAGCACUUACAGAGCAUACAGAAAAUCGAACGUGCUAAGAGGAAACAACAGCAAAGUGCGAAAUCAAGUCCACGUCAUCAGGACGGCGAUCCCUCUCUCAGGUCAGCUCCUCCAACCGAAAAUCUAAACGUGCCUGGCUUGAUUCCGUAUCUUGGUCUAUAUACACAUGACCUUACCUACUUGAAUUACGCCUCUCCGGAUACAAAGCCUCUUCACUCCGCCACCAAUGAUUCGGUGCCACACUCUGCUUCACAACCAGAUAUCCGAAUUUACAAUCAGCCAGAAACUAGUUUAAUUGGUUCGUUGGCGAACGAGUUGGAUAUCCAUUCUCCAGGCUCCGACACGAAUACAUCUCCAAUCGAAAAGUCUAUCAGUGUCAGUGAUGUUUCGGAUGAAAUUAACGCUCGACGGAGAAUAAAGAUCCGCAUAGAACGGGAGAUACAUCUUCCUUCCGGUGUCAUCCGAAUCGGCCCGCUCCACAAACCGACAACAAACGACUACGAAAACAACAACAAUCUGUCCAAAACCCAACCAGAGGUAUUGAUAAAUUUUGAAAAACACUAUCGUGAAGGCGAGUUUCUCAAGGAUUUGUACCUGCUUCAAUACACGUCCCGGUCGUACGAUUUGAAGGUAGACGAGAAAUACAAGUGUUGGUUGACCUCGUUCCCCCCACUCUCGGAAGACGAAGCACGUCAGUUGUCUUUGGAUAUCGAACCAGCACAAGAUUCGGCAAGCUGUAUGACUUCCUCAUCGUUAGCCCUACCCAAACUGGCUUCCAAAAAUGCCAGUUGUUCCAAGCUAACAGCGAUUUCCGGCAGUUCUCCGGUGACCAGACCCAAAUCCCAUUCAGUUAGUAACUACUCAUCUAGCAGACCGUCCAUAUUGUCACACCCGUACUUCAACCAGGAGACUACAGACAACACUCAUCGGGCUUCCACGACCAACAUUGAACCCAUUGAGAAAAAGACGCCGCUUUCACUUAGGCGGAAACUAACAAAGUCGGCACGAUAUUCGGGGCGACCAUUUUUCUCUGAGUGCGAAAAAAACACCGCCACUCCAGGAUCACCAGUCACGUACAGGCGUCGCUCGUCUUCCAAGCCCCAUCAUCAUUCCCCAAUUAUUCCGCGGGAAUUUCGAUCUCGUAGUCUAAGUCACCCCAGACCCAGGAGAAUUCGCAUACGAGUGACCCUAGAUGAUCCACUCUACGUCAGUCCAACCACCACUCGAAUUAGCAAGUCCUGGAAAUCCGUCGGAAUUGGGUCCACGCCAAACUUGGACAAGUCCUUCGGGGAAAAUAUUCCAUUUGAAAACUCAGUGAUCGAAAAGGUCUCGUUGACAGACAGCGUCUCCGAUGUACUUUUCCGAGUCCUAACCAAGUUUCGGGUUCCCGACUUUUGUGUGUCUGACUUUGACCUGGUCGAGCUCCAUCCGAAAAACUCCAAUCGUAUCCUUCCGAUCACCGCCAAUGCGUACCAUGAGUUAUGUUCCAGUUUAGACGAUUCGGCUGUGGAAUCCGCAAGCGUAGAAGACACGGAUAUUCUUUUUGAAUGCGCGUGUGUUCGUAGACAGAGGAAAGUAUCUAUGAUCACCAGUAUCCUCACAAGACAUUCGCCAUUCACUGUGAUUGCUAAUCCAAGGCCCAACAAGCGUAUAUCCCAACAAUCUGACCGCACUCGUGGAUCAGUAGCGGCUAUAUUUCCGCCAGACUUCUGACUCUUAGUACACCAAAGUGGAAUGUAUUCAGCGCCACUCAGUCUGUCUCUUCUUAUUACCGACUUUCGAAUAUAUUAUGAGAACUGUAAGCGUUCACUUCACCCAGACAGAGACUCCUUGUGUCCAGUCACUUUCACCUUCCGUGGCCACAGUGUAUGAGAUUGGGCCUACUUGGCCCAUCGACGUGUUUUUGUGCCACGCCAACGAUUGUAUAUAGCAGUGCACCAGUGAUAAUUAAUUUGCUUUGUUAUUUUUUCUAUCUUAGUCAACUCACAGUAGCUGUGAUAUUUUGUCUACCUGAAACGUUUUCAAUGUGAUUGUGAGAUUUCUUUUCGUCCUUUUUUUUAACGGACUCUUC